AUGGGUGGCAAGAAAGGAGGCUCCUCUAAGGGAGGUGCUGCUAAUAAGCACAAGGCUGGUGGGGCUUGUACAGAGGAUGAUCCUACAUCCUCCCAAUACAGAGUUAAUGCAUGUAUCGUAUUGGCUGAGAACUUCGAUGAGGGAUGCCAAAUUGAGACCCUAUUCGGUGGAGGAUCUGAGGCUGAUCGGAUCGCAGGACUCCUACCCUUGCCUGGUGGUACUACUUUACUUCAACAUACUGUCGACUUAGCUUUGGACACUCUCCAUUUGGGAAAUGUGUACGUCUUAUGCCGCCAAUGCAACACAGCAACAGUAGAAGGGCACCUCACACGUAGCAAGAGGAUGACGGUCCUCGGAGUGGCGGAUACAUGUAAAGGACAUGAUGGCUCCUCGAUUUGCGAAGUACUCCGGGCAUUUGGGUCUGGAGUAACUCAGUGUCCACUGGCUCAGCAGGACUUCCUACUCUUGAGAGGCGAUUCCUUGGCAAAGCCUAGUGUCGUCAAGGUAUCGGCCUUAGCUGAUUCAAUGUCAAAUGAUGAUAUUCUAACCAACAUCGUGAUGGGUACUGGAGGUGCUGGGGAUGCUAAGGGGCAGCUUAGUGAUAGUCUCAAACAACAGAACAUUAUGACUGGCGAAUUACUGCAUUGGUCUGCUGGGUUAGACUCUGCAACGGUUAGACUAUCUGAGCCUCUACUCCACUGGGGAUUUGGCUCUACUUCCAAGUUCGAUGAAAUACGUUAUAGAACGGGGGUACUAGGUGAUAGCGCUCUAGGAGAUGUGUUCUCCCCUGAUGUAUUCCGUCUACUGGAAGAAGAAGCUGAUUAUAAAUCGUUACGGGACGACCUAGUCAAACUGACCAUAGGCGCGAAGUUUGAUGACGGUGUAUGCCCCUUCGGGAUAGGUGCCUGCGUAGUACCACCACUCCCUCAUCAACUAGUUCGAGCCACUACACCACGUACUUACUACGAGGCAGCAGUAACGAUGAUGCUUGAGAUAUCACCGAGGGAUUUCCUAAUUCCUUGGCCCAGUCAUAAUGUAGAGUCAAGACACCUGUUUGCUAGCAAGGACUCGAAAUGCACUGCUGGCGAACACGGUGGUAACAGUCUCGCUGAGAUUCAUGGAGAGAUAGCUUAUAUCGAUACGAGAGCCAGGGUUGAUCCAUCAGCUAGGCUCCACCAAUGCUAUAUUGCCCCUGGAGCUACAAUAGGAGCAGGAGUAGAGCUGGAAAGUAGCAUAAUAGGGCCGGAUGUCGUUGUAGGGGCAGGGGCAUCCAUCAGAAAGUGCAUCAUCCAUGCUCGAUCGACUGUAUCACCAUCGACGAGCGUAGAAUGUGUAGUAGUCUCACCAAAUGGCAAUAUUAUUGCAUCGAACAAGGCGCAUCCAGUAGAUGGUGUCACCAUUGGGACUCCAUUGCCGGAUACAGCUCAGGCACUUGCUAAAAUAGAGGCCGCUAGAGUAUCAAGGGAGGGAUCUAUAAGCACCGAAGAGCCCACUGAGGAGGAGGAGGAGGAUAUAGCCAAUUCAUCAUGUGGGACCGACAAAGCAUUCAAGAAGGGUUUCAGGGCUGAGGUGUAUGCCUUCUUCAAAGAAGGAUGGUAUGAGAAGCAAGAUGUAUCACACGUGUGUCAACAGCUUAGGAUAUACCGGACAACAGAGCAGGCCCCUCUAUCAGAGCUAUUGAUAGCUACUGUAUUGGCCCUUGCACGGGUGUGCUGUGAGGUCCUUGUUAGUGAUAGUAGUAAGCCAAAACAGCCUGUAGUGGCGUCCUUCUAUGAGUAUUGGGAUGAUGCCUUGGAAGAGCUUUACUUGACGGAUCAGACAGGCCUCUCUAAAUGGUGGAUAGAGGCUUUGGAUAAUCUCUGUGCAUCCUGUCCACAGUAUGGUCAGGACUUUGAGAAGGAGUGCUGUCUCUUUAUAUGGGGGAUGUACGCCAAUGAUUACUUAAGCAAAGAGGACCUCUUAGCAUGGUGGAGCCGUGCCCCCGAUACAUAUCGACAGUUGCCCUUGAUGGCGCAGUUGAUUGGACAGAUUGAGGAGCAAUCCGACGAUGAUGAUAGUGAUGAUGAUUCUGAGGACGAUAGCGACUCGGAGUAG